GAAUUUAGAAUCAAUAUAUAAUGUAUUUGGAGAGAGAUUAAGUCAAAUCGGAUCAUAGCCUGGUGCAUCAAAAAGUGAACGUUUCUAAAAGAGUCCAAGAAAAAUUGAACGGGAGUUUAUUACCAGCGCUAUCAUGAACUUCACAAGACAAGUCAACGAAUCUUUGGUAAACUCACCAAAGAAGUAUUAUUCCUACAUCCUUCAGCAUCGAGGAACAGCUGAAGUGGCUCUGGAGUCAGGAUUUCUUUCUCUGAUAAAUGCAGUUACGGUGAUGGGCAACACCUUGCUAUGUAUCGUCAUAUAUAAAAACAAAUGUCUUCGUACUUUGACCAACAUUUUUAUCGUUUUCCUURCCAUCUCGGAUAUCCUCAUGGGGUUAUUCUGCAUACCCUUCUCGGUUGCUGUAUUCAUUCAAGGAAAAUGGGUGUUCGGGAACCACAUUUGUCGAAUGCAAUGCUUUUUUGUCUAUUUUCUGGCGUUGGGCUCUUUGCAAACAUUAACUAUGAUUGCAAUAAACAGAUAUUAUCGAGUGCUCAAGCCAUCGAAGUAUAAAAAGGUUUUUACUUUUAAAUCUACUGUUGGGAUUUUGAUACUUGUGUGGCUAAGCACUGGUGUAUUUUUAGCAAUAACACUAUCGACAAAGGCUGUUUUGCCCGACUUUAGUCCAGUCAAAGGUGCCUGUGUAAUGUUCGGGAACCCUAAAUCAAGCAGUGCGGUUAUUUAUUCAGUCAACAUGACUCUAGUCACAAUUUUUGCAAUAAUUCCCACCUUCGUUAUCUCAUUUUCGUAUUUUCGUGUAUUUCGUGUUGUGGGUAAUCAUUUUAUUCGAGUUUAUCCGACUUUGAACAGACGAGGCGUCAAUUCUACGGCUUCGUCACAAUUGGCCCCUAACAUCCACGACAUAAAAUCUACAAGAACCUUGUUUUUUAUUCUUCUAGCUUUUGCUAUCUGUUGGCUUCCCGUCUUUACGAUUGAGGUAUUACAGUUGUUUAUCAGUUGGUGGAAGCUGCCACGUUCUUGCCAUUUGCUAUGGACAUUCUGUGGCUCCCUGGGUACUGCCGUCAAUCCGUUUGUCUUUGGAAUAACGUGCCGAACUUUUAGGAAAAAAUUCUGGGCUUUUUUGUUUCCCGAGGGGACCAACUCUAGCCCAGAAAUAUCGACAGCUCCUGUUAAAGCAUCAAGGUUUAUAGUGAGUGAAUUUUCCCUGGCUGGGGAAGUCAUCAACACACGAACAUGAAAACAUCUUCCAAGCCGGAAAAUCUAAAGGAAAACAGGAACAAUUCAUUUCAAAGAAAACCUAAGACAAAAUCCUGCAGUUUUAGGGUCGAAUUACAAUGUUAUCGACACUUCAAAAAUAGAUGAAGGAGUACCCAAAUAAAAUCAGAAAUUUCUUAUAAAGUUUGGAUGAUUUUAUUUAAGAUUUCUAUGUUUAUAUAUGUACAGGCCGAAUAGAAUUGAUUGCCGCGUAAGGCACUUUAAUUUCAAUCACUCAGUUACAAAAAUAAUAAUGUAAUAAUAAAAAAUAAUCCAAAGAGGGGGAUAACUGGCAUCCAAACCCAUUUACGUCAUUGUAAUAUUUUUCCUCCAAAGUUUCACUUUCUGACUUUAAUAUUGAUGAAAAUCGCCAUCAUUCGAACUCACGGCACAAAACAUUCUCCUUUCAAUUGUUUACAAAUGCUCUAGCUAUUAUCGAGCGAUCCAUGCAAGUCCAACUGCUUUAACAGUGAUUAAAAUAAUGAAGUAAGUGGAACAAAAAUUAAAAAGGGUUAAAAGCU